UGGACAGUCUAGAGUCGAAUUUUCACGGAAAUACAUACUUAUGCACAUAAUAGAUAUUUGAAAAUAGGAUACACAGUUUCAAAAGUCAUAGUGUGUUGGCUAUAAGUGUAUAAUAACAUUAUUUUGCUAAUUGUUUUAAAUAUAUAUUAUAAUGAUUGUCUAAGUUUUGAACUCACAAUGUUGGUCUGACAUAAAUCACCCAGUGGAAGUUUUGGAAUAAGAAUUUUCCAACACAUAAAAAGUGGAAAUGUCGGCAGAAAUUCUCAUUCUGAUGGUAUCAACCGUAAUGACUGUAUCCGCAAUUUGUCCUCCCCAGAAUCAGAGCGCCGAUCUGAGAUUUACAAGGGAGCUUGGUGCAAAUGAUCGGGUGCGUAUCGGUCACACUGUUGCAGUCUUAUGCUGUGCGGAAGGAUACGACAAAAUCACGUGGUCUCAAAAGAAGGGCAAUCUUUGGAAGCCAUUUCCACCGCCACCUGUCGGAGAUGAUAACGCUCCUGUACUGCAAGAGAAUAGACAAGUUCUGAGAUUUUAUUUUUCGGCAAUACUUUUCUAUCAGGCAACUUAUCGCUGUAUUGUUACUAAGGAAGGGCGUCAAUUCAUUAGAGCAUUUUACUGAGCUGCAAGUGAUAAAUUGUGAAGAGCGGGCAGGACAACCGUUAAUCACCGAACCGUUUCCGGAGAACCAAACUAUAGACAAAUUCGGGGGAAAUAUAACAUUUCAUUGUACAGGAUACUUUGGUUGUAGCACGUCUAAGGGUCGAUAUGCAUUUUGGACUUUAGCAAAUGGCACCCUUGUAAAUACCGUUAGUGAUAGAUAUACAGUACAGCAGUACAAAAAGGAUAAUGAGACGAAGCAGGUAACCUUUACAAUUACGUCUGUGAAUGAGGUUGAUCUUAAACAUACAUUCGUGUGUCGCUUAUUUACAGCUCAAACAUCUGGCAGAAUGGUGACACGCAUGGUUAAAAUUCACAAGAGAGAGAAACCAGAUUUGCAAACCACGCCCUGGACUAAAAUUGGUCUUACUAUUGGUGGCAGUGUUGUGCUCAUAUUGGUUAUAAUUAUUUCAAUUAUAUUCCUGCGAUGCAAGUACGGACCCCAGAUUCGCCUUUUCUUGAGCAGUAGAGUGGCCUCCCUUGGUCCGAAACAAAUCAGUAAUGAGGACUACACAUAUCACGUGUUUAUAUACCAUGCUGAUGCCGAUGAGGAAAUUGCAUUACACAUGAAGAAGAAACUGAGCGAAGAAAACUAUGAUGUUUUUGUACAUGCAGAUAUAGAGGGAAAUCAAAAUGUUCUACGUAUGUUUUCUGAAAAGACAUCCCAAAGUGCUUUGGUUCUGUUUUUGUAUUCAGAAGCUUUAAGAAAUGACUCUGUGGCCAAUUUCCUUCUGCAGUCCUUUAUAAACGAAAGAAAAGGCAAGGAUAUUUUGUUUUUAGAAGUUGCUGAUUACAAACCAAAAGAAAUAAUGAACUGGGCAAGACAUGUAAAGGAUGAAGAACGAGUAGAGGAUUGCCAAGAAGUAAUUGAUGAUGUAACAAUUGAAAUGAUCAAACGGCAACAAAAUGACGUGGUUGACGAUCUUCAGUUUUGGAAAGUUCUUCCGAGGCUAAAAGUUCCAGCUGAAGGAUCAAGCGAAAGAGAGCAGAGAUACUUUUGGUGUUCCUUGCAAAAUAAGAUUCCAAAAUUUGAAAGAAAGUUCUCUUCACUGGGAAACAAUGCACUUACACGUCCGGAAAAUAAAAUGACAAUUAAUGAGAAAAGUGAUGAUGUGUUUGCAUUAACCUAUAGUAGCAACGGAGAUGAAUUAGUUACAAAGAAAGCUGCGGGAAUAGGCUCUGUUUCCACUUCUGAAGCAGUCAAAGAUAUCACAAAGCCAUCAAGUCCUGAUGUGGAGAAAGGUUUUAAACAAGAAACGGAAAAUAGUGGUGUGAGUUUCACUGUACCUGUGGCUACAAAUUAUGUUUAUUGUAAAGAAGAAGAAAGAAAUGAUGCCCAUUUAUUUCCGGAUCAAUCACCAUUAUGUCGAGGCGAGCUGGGUUUACAAGGAAACAUAUCGUUUGAAGGCGCACAAGAUAAUGCUUUUGAACAGUCAAAAACAAAGCAGUCCAAUACGCAUAUAGAAACAGCUAAACAAAGAAACAACAAUUUGAAUUUAAUCAUCAAAAUGCCGUCCGGUGAAAGUGGUCCAUCAAGUAGUUCACCAGAGAGUGGCUAUGUAACUAGCCCAGUAGAGAAAACAUAUGGCAUAGAAGUUUUUCUUCCACUUAUAGAUGAAACCACAUCAAAGGCUUCUGAAGCACAAGAUCAGUUACAAAUCAAUAGCGAAGAUUGAGAUACCUAUAUGACCCUAGAGGUUUAACAAUCUGCUUGUGUUUGGCCAAAGAAAGAACCUGAAAAAUGUUUGUUACAUGUACUAUUAAAACAGAUGGUUUUACUUCAGAUUCAUAAAAUUGGUCAACUGCAAAAACAAAUAAUGUACAUGUAUAUAUAAAAAAAUCCAUUACUUAUGUCUAAAAAAAAUGUAAAAAGUAUGUCAUAAGUGAAUGAAAUUAUUUAAAAUGUGAUCGUUUUUAUUUCUUGCUCAAUAAAAAAGACAUUAAUUCUUUAAUUGAAAAUGUACCAACGAUAAGAACUAUAGCGUAAUAGUAUAGUAAUUCAAUUUAUCCAAAAAUACAAGACAAUUAGUUUUUCUAAAUAUGUCAACGGUUCAAUCCAUAUUGUGUAAAACCAAUUACUUAAGUUUAUGAAAUCUGUGAUUUUAAAGCAGAAGGGACAAUAUUUCUUUGUAACCAAAGAGUCCGAAUAAAUAAUUAUUGAUUGGUUUUGUAUGCAAGAUAAUUUUAUUAAUUUCUAAGACGCCAGUUAAGAGUUGCCUCUCUCUACAACGAGUGGCCUCUCUUUACAACGAGUGAACUCU